AUGGGUCAGAAUCAGUCUGGCAUGGGCGGCGGUGCCCCCGGCGACAGAGACGACAAGGACAAGAAGAAGGAUAAGCCCAAGUACGAGCCCCCGCCGCGACCUACCACCCGCGUCGGCCGCAAGAAGAGAAAGCAGGCCGGUGCCUCGGCUGCGGCCAAGCUCCCUGCCGUCUACCCUACCAGCCGAUGCAAGCUGCGACUCCUGCGUAUGCAACGAAUCCACGAUCACCUUCUGCUGGAAGAGGAAUACGUCGAGAACCAGGAGCGCCUCCGCAAGGCAAAGACGGCCAAGGAGAGCGGCGCACCUGCGCCUUCAGAACUCGAUGCUGCUUCCGACCGAAAUGCAGACGAGCGCGGCCGUGUCGACGACAUGCGUGGCAGCCCCAUGGGUGUCGGCACUUUGGAGGAGAUGAUCGAUGACGACCACGCCAUCGUGUCUAGCACCACCGGUCCCGAGUACUACGUCAGCAUCAUGAGCUUCGUCGACAAGGACCUCCUCGAGCCCGGUGCCUCCGUCCUGCUGCACCACAAGAGCGUCUCCAUCGUGGGAGUCCUGCUCGACGAUACCGACCCGGCUGUCAACGUCAUGAAGCUCGACAAGGCACCUACCGAGUCAUACGCCGACAUUGGUGGUUUGGAGCAACAGAUCCAAGAGGUACGCGAGUCAGUCGAGCUGCCUCUGCUACAUCCCGAGCUCUACGAGGAGAUGGGCAUCAAGCCCCCCAAGGGUGUCAUUCUCUACGGUGCUCCAGGUACAGGAAAGACGCUGCUGGCCAAGGCCGUCGCCAAUCAGACAUCAGCAACUUUCCUGCGCAUCGUAGGGUCUGAACUCAUUCAGAAGUACUUGGGUGACGGUCCUCGCCUGGUUCGACAACUUUUCCAAGUCGCCGCCGAGAACGCCCCCGCCAUUGUCUUCAUUGACGAGAUCGAUGCCAUCGGUACUAAACGGUAUGACUCGACGUCUGGUGGUGAACGCGAAAUUCAACGAACCAUGUUGGAGUUGCUUAACCAGCUCGAUGGUUUCGAUGACCGUGGCGAUAUCAAGGUCAUCAUGGCCACCAACAAGAUUGAGACACUCGACCCCGCUCUGAUUCGACCUGGACGUAUUGACAGAAAGAUUCUCUUCGAGAACCCCGACCAGAACACAAAGCGCAAGAUCUUCAAUCUACACACAUCCAAGAUGAGCUUGAACGAGGACGUCGACCUAGACGAGUUCAUCACACAAAAGGAUGAUCUCUCCGGUGCCGAUAUCAAGGCCAUCUGCUCUGAAGCUGGCCUGAUGGCUCUACGGGAGAGACGUAUGAGGGUACAAAUGGCAGACUUCCGGGCUGCGAGAGAGAGAGUCCUGAAGACCAAGCAGGAGGGUGAGCCUGAGGGUCUGUACUUGUAG